CCGGGCGGGGUGGGAAUGGGGGGGCGGGACUUAGGUGCGUGCGCGGGGCGCUGGGCGCCAGGGCGAGCAUCCUCGAAAGGCCUGAGCGAGGGGCGUGUGAAGAGCGGGUUAGCCCUUGGCACCGCGCGGCACGGCCGCCGCCGACUGGGUGCGACGUUACGGGGUGACAGUCUCCCUGAGGGCCCUGGGUGCAGCUCACGCGACCCGGGUGUCUUGAAGAAGUCUCCAGAUGUGGACUUCUCCUUCCCUCAGUCACCGCCAGGCUCCAACUUCUUCAGUGGUACAAAAAGGGGGGUGCUCUUUCUCACCUCAUACCGGGUGAUUUUUGUGACCUCACGUUCACUCAACGACCCCAUGUUGUCUUUUAUGAUGCCAUUUCAUCUAAUGAGUAACUGCACUGUUGAACAACCAGUCCUUGGAGCAAACUACAUUAAAGGGACGAUCCAGGCAGCUCCAGAUGGUGGCUGGGAAGGAUCGGCUACUUUUAAAGUGAUCUUCAGGAAAGGAGGUGCCGUCGACUUUGCCCAGCUGAUGGCCAAAGCUGCCUAUGCUGCUGCCCAAGGAUUUCCACUCAUAGUUCCAAGUUUCUGGAUGCACCCUCUAGGAAUUUUUGUCAUAGCUGGGCAGAGGAGCAUGUGUGCCCCACAGGCAUGCCCAGUUGCCUAUGGAGUCCCGCCUGCGGGAUACGGAGCCUCACCUCCCAGUUAUAAUGUCCUGCCUCCUGGAUACGGAGCUAGGGGAUAUGGAUCCCCUCCUCCUGUAUAUGGAGCUACCCCUAUGGGCUAUGGAGUCCUGCCUCCUGGAUAUGAAGCCCCCACUAUGGAGUACGGAGUCCCACCUCCCACAUAUGAAGUUCCACCUCCCAGAUACGAGGUCCCACCUCCCAGAUACGAAACUACAACUGUGGGAUCUGGAUCUCCACCUCCUAGAUAUGAAGCCCCACCUAUGGGUCAUGAGACUUCUCCUUCAGGACAUAGGUUCAUACCUCCUAUAUCCAGUGCCUCACCUGCAGCACACCAAGUUCCACCUUCUGGGUCUGAAGCAGGGCAUCCCACUUCUGUGGCAGCCCAGACUCCUGGAUUCCAGGCAUCUUUUCCCUCUACCUCAUCUUCACAAGCACAUUCUCCCUCUUCUAAGAUGUAAACCUUGAAGUUAACCAAGCAAACUGCACCCUAGCAUCGAUGUCAAGAAAGAACAUUUAGGUGUAUGAUCCCAGACCCAUCCUAGGUAGUUGAUCCCCCACCUUGGAAGUUCAGUCAUAGGACAGACCUAAGCUUGAUCUCCUUGUUGAGAUUUUAGAAGCAGUGUCAACUCUUGAUUAGCUGGAUAAAGGAGGAAUAGCUCCAGAGGGCUAAUUCCCUAAUGACUUGGUUGCAUUGGAUGCAUUUUAAAACAUACCUUGAUGUGAGCUGGUAAAAAAGCCUCCUGCCUUUCUCCUCAUGUGCAUUAGAAAAUCUUUAUAAUACUCUAUUUGCUAGGUACUAAGAUCUGCUAAAAUGUCAUGUUGAGAGCUGAGCCUGGUUGUGCAGGCCUAUAACACCAGCUGCCAUAGAGGAUGGCACAGAAGGAUGGCAAGUUCAAGGCUUGCCUGGACUGCAGAGUCAACACCAGCCUGGGCACCCUAGUGAGAGCUUGUCUCAAAGACUAUAAAAAGGGCUAGGGAUAGAGCUCAGUUGUAGUGUGCUUACCUAGUAUGCUGAUGGUCCUAGGUUUAAUCCCCAGUACCAAAAUUAAUUGAUUAAUUGAAAUUGCAAGUGCCAGGCAUGGAUGCACAUGCCUGUAAUGCCAGCACUUGAGAGGAAGAGGCAGGAGGUUCAGAAGUUCAAGAUCAUCUCUGGCUAUGUAGGGAGUUAAAUAUCAGCCUGGAUGGGCUACAUUAGAACCUGUCUCAAAAACAAAAUCAAAGCAUCACAUUGGA